AUGACUCCACAAAAAUACGAGGAACUGUUAACUAUGGUUGCUCCGUACAUUACAAAAUCUUCCAGAAAAAGAGAAGCUAUUGGGCCAAGUGAGAGACUCAGUGUAACAUUACGAUAUUUAGCCACGGGUGAUGCCCAGCAAACUAUUGGCUUGAGUUACCGAAUAAGUCCGACAACAAUUGGUAGGAUAGUGCUUGAAACGUGCAAAGUUUUAUGGGACGUCCUUUGCUCAAAGGGGUAUGUGAGAGCUCCAGAUUCAAUUGAUAAAUGGAGGACAAUUUCUCGAGAGUUUGAGCUGAUUUGGAACUUCCCUAACUGUCUCGGAGCCAUCGAUGGUAAACAUAUUGUGAUGCAAGCCCCUCCAAGAUGUGGCUCCGAAUAUUUUAACUAUAAAAAAACUCAUAGCAUUGUUUUGCUUGCUGUUUGUAAUGCUAAGUAUCAGUUCACCCUUGUGGAUAUAGGCAAUAGUGGCCGAAUCAGCGACGGAGGAGUUUUUGAAAACAGCAUGAUUGGCUUUGGAAUAAACCAAGGCUUGCUGAACAUGCCUGAAAAAGCAAAACUGCAAGGUAGUGACAAAGUGCUACCAUAUGUUGUAGUUGGAGACGAGGCAUUUCCACUGAAGCAUAAUCUAAUGAAGCCAUAUCCUGGGGGUAGCAUUGGAAGAUCUGAAAGAGUAUUUAAUUACCGGCUCUCUAGGGCAAGAAGGGUCAUUGAGAAUACCUUUGGUAUUGCUGCAUCACGCUUUCGUAUACUGCGGAGACCUAUUUUUGCCAGUACCAAGUUGGUAGUUGCUAUUACUGAAGCAAUAGUGGGUUUGCAUAAUUACCUGAUGGAAGAUGCAAACAAAGGAAAGGAAACACAAUAUUGCCCUCAUGGUUUUGUUGAUAGCAAUGGUCAGUCUAAUGGUGCAUGGAGAUCAGAGGUCAAUUCUGACAGUAAUUUCCUUGAUUUACAAAGAUGUGCGUCAAAUACAUAUUCCAGAGAUGCCAAACGUGUACGAGAUACCUUCAGAGAGUAUUUCAAUUCAGCUGAUGGAGAGGUCCCUUGGCAAUGGAAUACAGUGGAUAGUGUAUCCAACAGUUUUGACAGACCGUUAAUCACCCUUGAAGAGCUCCACUAG